AUGGAUGAUUCAACGUUAGAUCUCCAAAAUUGCGAAUGGACUCUAAAUGUUACCAGUUGCAUUGGUCAAGAUUUUUUUCAAGUGGUCUACGGAGUGACCACCUAUCUAUCUCUAUUUGUAUUUUUAUGUGCCGUUUGGCUAUUCUCAUGGAGACUCUACAGCAGACCGGGUUCAACUUUAUUUAGCAUGAAAGGUUUUCUGACACUGGAGGGUUUCUUGUUUACCCAAAUAUUUUGGGGUGGUGCUCGGAUGACCAGCUGCCUCAUAUUAUUAUAUAAUGUUUCACCAACAAAUAUUAUUUUGCGAGAAAUAUUAUUUGAUGUCACGUGGUUAUUGGGAACAGUCUCGGUGGCAACAUAUCUCGCCGGUGUUUUAAGAACAAUACCUCGGACCAUCGUGAUAACGUGUUCUUCUUUCAUAGGUUAUCUUCGAGACACCACAACAUCAGUUACUUACUUAUCAAUAAACUCUAAAACCAUUACAACACUGAUGAUUAUUCAAUAUUUGGCCCACUCCAUUUCUUGUUUCUUGAUUGCCAUUGGAUUCCUGAUUUAUGGAAAUAAAUUGAUCAGGAUUGCCGGAGAAGGAUUAAGCAUGUUUGAAGAUGCCAUUGGUUAUCCGACAACUCCAAGAUCGAAUAGAUUCUCAUAUUCGAAUGUUGGUGUCAGUACCCUUAACAAUGGUCUUGAACAAAGACAUCAUCUACUGGAGCGAAGCAUUAUCAAGAUGCGUAUCUUAAAUUACGCAUUUAUAGCAAGCUUCGUGAUAUUAGGUGCUUUUAUUGGAAUUUUCGCGUUCUUUUAUCAAUCAAUUUUCGAGAACUUAACCCUUAGCAAGGCAUUUGCCGCGUUGGUUAAUUGGAUACCGAUGAUUCUUAGUGUUUGCGUGAUGGCCGGGAUCACUUAUGGAGAAAUCCGAAUUCCUGAUAAGUCGGAACCAACACUGACAAAUCUAAUGUUUCCAACCACACCGACCUCACCACAACACUCACACCCAUAUGACGAGGAGAUAUUGUCCAUCACAUCCUCGUCCACACCAACUGAUGGGAGAUCAUCAUUUCACUCCAGAAAUGCUUCCACGGAUUCCGAUGCGCCGUUACUAAAAUGGCCAAUACCAAAAGCCGUGGCACCGAUGCAUGUACGAACGAACGAAUUAAACUAUAUAUCACAGGAUGUUGGCAGUCCCUUAACGCCUACAUCGACGGCGGGGAAUAUCACCACCAAUACUACCACCACAUAA